UUAAUUAUUUUUUAAGUUUGAACUUACCUGUAGAAACUAGAAAGAGUGCUGAAAGCCAAUUCCGAAAGAGAAUAGUGGAAUUCUGAAACAACGAGUUGAGUACAAACUAAAACCAUACAGUAAAAUAUGCAAAUCCCUCACUCCUCUGCUAAUGCUGCCGGAGAGCAAACAUCAGUCGCUCCAUUGAUCCGGCAAUUGAGGCCCUCCAACCUCAACCUCGACGUCCUCGGGGAUUCGCUGCAACUGCCGCCGCUGCUGCGGCAGUAGUGAGCUCAGAGAGCGCCACUGCCGCGCCAUCCCCGCGCCAUCACCAGCCGUGUGCUGGCUGAUUUGAGGCAACACGGUGCACAACAUGUUCCUGUCUAUGUAAAAGCUAGCAGUGAUUGUUGAAUGUCUUCUACUCUGAUUUGCUUUACUUAGCCGCAUUGUUCUUGCCAUGCUUUAUUUGGUUUCAUCUUCAGCUUUGACCACUUUACUAGAUGUUUGGCAGUUUUAUGUCUUGGGCAGACUGGUGUCAUCUGAAUGUAAUCACUAGCUAAAUAAGAUGGAGAUGAUUUUCCUUUUUCUGAUCAUGUUUCUUGUGCCCCAUAAACAAAGCUCUACCCAGUCUCUUACUGCAUUUCCAGAGGGACGGUCCUCGGCACAUGUCCCCUAUAAAAAAGUCUUAGAUCU